AUGUUCGCACCAGGCACACGCCUCAGUGAGCGACAGUCGAUUUAUUCCCCUUUGGCAGACUCUCGGUAUGCUACCUCCUCAUCAGCUGGCAAUACAGCGGUCGAAAGCUUUGAGCCGCCUAUACUGAAAGCUGAUCGUAAGCAACGAGAUCACGAGUUGCAGCAAUGGCGUACAGAGUUUGCGAUACAUAUCAAAUACUUCCGGUGGCGAGAGGGUGCUCCCCUAUUGCCACAGCCUGUCCAAUAUCCUGGCGUGAACGGUGACAAUCGGGAGUGGGUGAAGCAAUUCAUCAAGCAUGUCGCAAAUGUGCGACCAAUGGUUUCCUUCUUGGCUCGGAACAGGACGCUCGACGAUUCCAUCUCGAUCAAAGAGCUCAAACGUAGGCUACCACUCAUUGAUAUCCUUGCCCUAGCAAUUCUGGUCACGACCAGACCGUACACUCCUCCAGGGAUCCAGCCCAUGCUUGAGACUGUAAUAUGGCAGCCGCAAUGUCGGCUGGACUUUGAAGCCGUGGCGACAGCACUCCGACAACUCAUUGUGCAAUUUCGUAUGCUUGAGCUCCAUCGACAGGACAGUCCAGAAUUCCCUGGGGCAGGGAACAGAUCGGAAGCACUCGACGACAUGUAUGCUAGGUACAUGAGUCAAGCCCUGUCCGCACGCAAUACGGCUUCGCCACAUCCAGAUGCAUUUAUACCACCUGAGAUGGCCCAAAAGCUGCUCAACGGAGGACCACGCAUUCCCAAGACUAUGAAGCGUAUGCUGGAUGAGCUCAUGAGUGGCCUCCCUGCUGGCCUAGACAUGAGUGACGAUGCAGUCGAUCUGUUAUUGAACGAGCUUCGGGAAGAUCAAGCGACAGCUCUGGGCUUACCACUGUGCGUACCAGAAAAGAUCAGCAGAAGCCGCAGUGCGGCAGACUCGGAUGAUGAGGAGUCUGAUACAGCUGACCCCGAGGAACGGGACGACGAAGCGAUACUGGCGAGUAUGUACUCAUUGUUCCCGAAUGAGUCACAGCCGAUGCGUAUGCCCACAACUCCGUUGUCGUCUUUUGUGGGCCAGAAUUUUGGGGAGAACAUGGACGAAAACGUGCAGCACGACCAGCACCGAUCUCACAUCGUUGGAGACUGUACGAACGACGAACCAGAUUCAUCAAGAGCCUAG